CAUGUUGUAUAGAUAGAGUGAUGCAGAGAAUGUCACAGAAACUAUAGAAAAUUUCUAAAGGGUUGAUAGAAAGAAGUUGCAGACCUCUUUCUCUGUGUUUGGUUUGGAGGGCAGUUGGUGAUUUUGAAUAUUAGGCCUUGUCCUCUCCUUUAAAGUCUUCUAUAUCAUUGCUCAUUGGCACCAUCUCUUCUCAUUUCUUCUAACCAAAUUCUUUCAUUCUUCAAAAACCCAAAAACUUCACCCUAAAACAAGACGAAAAAGAAGAAGAAGAACAACAACAACAAACUUGUGCAAACAUUUCAGUCUGGGAAAUCUUCACUAGUUUGAAGCAUUUUUAUCAAGAAUGGCAGUCAAGAAACUCACAUGGAGAUCCAUCGUCCCAUAUUGCUACAAGUCUGAGCGCCCACCAUCAAAGGCUAGCAAGAAAGUGGUAGCAAAACAGACCUCAUUCCAGAGGCUUUCUCUAUCUGAUUUGAGCAAUCCAAGCUCAACAUUUUCAGAGGACCUCUCCAUAUCUCUAGCAGGGUCUAAUCUUCACAUCUUUACUCUUGGGGAGCUAAAGGUGAUCACACAGAGCUUCUCCUCCAGCAACUUUCUCGGUGAAGGCGGGUUUGGACCGGUGCAUAAAGGGUUCAUUGAUGACAAGCUUAGGCCUGGUUUGACAGCCCAGCCUGUGGCUGUCAAGCUCUUGGACUUGGAUGGUUCUCAAGGCCAUAGGGAGUGGCUGACUGAGGUGAUCUUUCUUGGACAACUGAGGCAUCCACACCUUGUGAAGCUGAUAGGCUAUUGCUGUGAAGAUGAACAUAGGUUACUGGUGUAUGAAUACAUGCCAAGAGGCAGCUUAGAGAACCAGCUAUUUAGAAGAUAUUCAGUAUCACUGCCAUGGUCAACAAGAAUGAAAAUUGCGCUUGGAGCCGCAAAGGGCCUUGCCUUCCUCCAUGAAGCAGAGAAACCAGUUAUCUAUCGUGACUUCAAAGCUUCAAACAUCUUGUUGGACUCUGAUUAUACUCCCAAGCUCUCAGAUUUUGGUCUAGCAAAAGAUGGUCCAGAAGGAGAUGACACACAUGUUUCUACAAGAGUCAUGGGCACACAAGGCUAUGCUGCUCCUGAAUACAUCAUGACAGGUCACUUGACAGCAAUGAGUGAUGUGUAUAGCUUUGGAGUGGUACUCUUGGAGCUUUUAACAGGAAGGAGAUCUGUGGACAAGAACAGACCUCACAGAGAGCAGAACCUAGUAGAGUGGGCAAAGCCUAUGCUGAAUGAACCCCGAAAACUUAGCCGAAUCAUGGACCCGAGACUUGAAGGCCAAUACUCCGAAAUAGGGGCCAGAAAGGCUGCUGCAUUGGCUUACCAAUGCAUCAGCCACCGGCCAAAACAAAGACCAAAAAUCAGUGAUGUGGUCAAGAUCUUAGAGCCCCUCAAGGAUUUUGAUGACAUUCCCAUUGCCUUUGUGUACACAGUUCCUACCGAAUCCGAUUCGAUUAAAGAUGUAAAAGAAGGUGAUGCACAGAAGGAAUUGAAGAAGAAGAACAACCACCAUCAGCAAAAUCAAGGCCCUAAGCAUCAUCAGCUAAGAUCACCAAAGUCUCCACAUUAUUACUCAGACAACAUGGUGCACCAAAACCAUAGAAAUAAUGUUUUAAAAUCUCCCUUGCACCAGAGAGGCAGGGGAAUAUAGAGUAAAGAUUAGCAUACAUGUAAAUCAAUCAUACCAUUCAAAUCCAGUGUAAAAUGUAAAUAGGGAUAUGUCAAAGUUGCCUUGACUGGCUGCAUAUGGUGUAAACUAACACCACUCUAGUGAGAGAGGACAUGUUAAUUUUCUGAAAUUUUUGGGCCAACCAUGAUAGUUUUUUUUUC